UUAUAGUAUUAUUUUUACAAUCAUUAAAAGAAUUGCUCGACACAUUGCAAUAUUUAUUUAUUUUACAAUUUAAUUCAUUGAAAAGCAAGUUGAAAUAACAUUUUAAACAUUAGAAAAUAAAAUAAAAUCAUCAUGAAUGUGGAUGAUCAAUUGCCAAAUAUUGAGAAAAUAUUUAAAACUGAAGAUGAAGAAUUUACACCUGGGGGCGGAUCUAAUUUAGCUGCUAUUUUUGGAAAUUUUAAUACAGAAAAUCAAGACAUACCCAACGUAGCAAAACAAACAACUCAAAAAAAACCUAACAGUAAGCGUAAAAGCUUAUCGACUCCUUCUUCCACUAAGACCGAAGUUAUAAUAGCUAAAGUUAUUCACGCAUACAAAUUACAAAAUGGACAAUAUAUUUCUACCGGUAAACUUGGAAUAGCAUUAACAGGAAACGUUUCUACAAGGACGUAUCAAAUAAUUCUAUAUAAAACUAAAUACGAAUACACUUCGGUAGUUACAGUGAAAAGUGACUUUACGUAUACCAUACAACCUAAUAAUUAUUCCACAUAUUACGAUGACAAUAAUGAAAAUUGGUCAAUCUUAUUCGAAGAAAAAGAAGCAUCGAUAAAAUUUGCUAGAGAAUUAGCUAUAGCUAAAUAUUUUUUAAAGGAGGAUAAAAUAGAGAAUGUAAUUUAUCAAGAUUUAACAGCUGUUAACAAAGACGAAGUUACAAAGGAAGGAUCCAGGGUAACACUGAAGUAUUUUAUUAGUACAGACAUUGUACAGUUGUGUAAUAUAAAUUAUGAAUUGUUUCAAACAAUGACGGUUCACAUAUCGACAAAUGAUAGUUGGGAACGAUCUCUAAUAGGAAUCAGUAAAGAAUUAAAGAGGAUUUUAUUCAUACCUUCUAGUAAACAGAUUAGCUUAGGUCCAGGUUUUCCAAAAGAUAAAGAUGUUUUGAUGGAAAUAGAAGUGACGAAUAUAGAAGAGUUAGAAGAACAAUUCUCUUUGUCUAAACCUAUAGUUUCCGACAAGGCCUUGUUAUUGUCGAGAAUGGCUAAAAUGGGCCAAUCGAUUCUUCCAAAAAUGCAAACAUCGACAACUACAGAUUCUGAGGAUACAGAGGAUGAUUCACCGCAAAAGAGACCAUGUCAUAAAAAGAUAGAAUCGUUAGAAGUACAAUUACAAAAAACACAUGCAAUGCAAGAAAUACCUGCAACACAAAGUACGCGUGAAGUGGCUAAAUCGAAACAUAAUGUGCCUUCUACGAACCCCAUUGUCCCUAAACCAUUAAUCCCUACUUCUACAUUUACUCCUUCGUGGUCUACUCCACAAUUACAAUCAAAUUAUAUAACAUCGAAUGGUCAAAUGUAUGCCUUGCAACCACAAUCAUUAACUCAAGCAGUACCUACCAUUAUGGAUCCAAAUUUGAAUAUGCUUUUGUCGGAAACUAGAAUAGCAAAUGCUGAACUCAGAAUGGGAAUGUCUAAAGUAGCUGAAAAUGUACAAAAAGUACUUGAUAAGUUUCAUAGUUUAGAAUUGCAAAAUGCAUCUUCGACGAAAGAUACGACAAUGGAGGAUACUUUGAAAUUAUUGUUAACUAUGAAUCCAUUGCAAAGCGAUAUGAAAAACAAAGAAUUAUUAAAGACAGCAGAUGUUCAAAAAGAUGUAUGUUGCGAACAUUUAUCUGAAUUAUCGAAAGUAAGGAAAGAAACAUUUGAAUUAGAAAAUGAAGUAAGAAAUUUAAAAGAAUCGUUAACAAAAAGCAUAGAAUUAGCUAAAACGUUAGAGGAAGAAAAAGUAUCUUUGUCUUCCAUUAAUAAAGAAUUAGACAAUAAAAUUAAUGAUCUGGAAGUAUCAUUGAAUAACAAAAAUGAUGAAUUUCAUACUAAACUAACAGAAUUAGAAAAAUGUCUCAAAGUAUCUAAAAACGAAUAUGAACAAGAGAAUGCAGAAUUAAAAAAGAAAGUUUCUGAGCUUACUGCGAAGUUAGAUUCUGCUGCAAUAGAAACUAAUGCAGUAUCUUCAAAACAUAAUGAUAUAGAAGAUAGAAAUAAAGAAAUUAAAUAUAUUAUAAACAGGACGUAUCAUACUUUGAAGGCAACAUUUACAGACGAAUCGUAUAACACGGAACAUAUAAAAAAGAUUAUAUUUAGUACAAUGAAGAACAUUACAUUACAAGUAUUAAAAGAAGAAAGGAAUUUAACAGAAACAGAAUCAGAAUCAGAAACAGAUUCAAAAAAUACAUUGAAAAAUAUUCAAGAUAAUAACGGACAAUCAAAUAAAUUCUCAAACAAUCCGAAUUCAGUUUUACCUAUAGAAGAAAAUGUACCACCGCCUAUUCCACCAAUGGAUAGUGAAUUAGACAAUGGUAUUUAUUAAUGUGAUAAUAAUACUGUUAUUAAAUAAUGACAAUGGACUUAAUUCCAUAGAAAAUGAAUAUUUUUUCAAUUUAUUUUCACAUUUGUAAUUUAUAGGAUAUUUAGAGCGUGUUAAAUGUAAUUAUGUUAUUUUUCUUACAAUUAUGAUUUGUUUUUUUUUUGUUUUUAUUAUAAUAUAAAAUAAAGUAAUAUUAGUAUAACA